GGCGUGCAGACGGAGAACCGUCCGGGGGGGACUAAGUAAUCAGGGAGGCGUUUGUCGUUCUCUCUUCCUUGUAUGUUUUUCCUUCAAGGUAGGACAGGCAGUUUGAGCUUGUUGACUCAUUUAGAGGGAAAAGAAGAAGGGGACGUCGUGAUUGCGCGUCACCAAUCUGACUUUCCAAACCUGCUUUGACGCGGUUGCAGGAGGAGAAGAAGAAGAAGAAGCAGCAGCAGAAGAAGAAGAAGAAGCGAGGACCCUCGUAGCCAAAAGAGUGAUUAUCAUCUGUAAUCGUCGACCACAAAAAGUGUCAACAAACGCAGAGAGAAGUUUUAGAAUCGAACGCCGAGAGAUUGACGGAGCACACGGCGAGGAACAGAGUCCCCCGCUUGAGGGCGAAAGCAGACUUUUUUGGAGGGAGACAAGUUUUGCAAAAAAAAGUGCCAGGAGUUCUCGGGGUUCUGUCAGAUGCAACAUGCAGCCAUGUCCAAGGAGGUAGAGUUGGAUGUGAGAGGCACACAAGAGCCCAGUGACCCAGAGACACCCAGGAGGACGCCGCCGCCAUCAUCAUCAUCACCACCAGCAACAACAACCAAAGCUACCCACAGAGGAGACGCCACCCCUGAGAGUGAGCCCUCCAGUAGCAGCGGCGGUGCUGUGGGUGGUGAUAUUAGUAGAAGAAGAAGAAGCAGCAGCAGCAGCAGCAGUGCGGGCAGUGCUGAGGGAGCAGGCGAGAGCUCCAUGCAGUUCAGCACCAGACCGCCUAGUGCUGAGCAGCCGGGCUUCAUGGGGACAUGGCAGCAGCAGAGCACUGACAGCAACCUCCUCUACAGGAUGUCCCAGCAGGGUGCUGUAACGCGGCUUCCUAUCAAGUGCGACAGGUCGACUAUGGGCCGAGACCUGGACGAGGCCAUUCGCUGCACACUGGUCAACUGCACAUGUGAGUGCUUCCAGCCGGGCAAGAUUCACCUGCGCACAUGUGACCACUGCAAACACGGCUGGGUAGCUCACGCUCUGGACAAGCUCAGCACCCAGCACCUGUACCACCCAACCCAGGUGGAGAUCGUGCAGUCCAACGUGGUGUUCGAUAUCAGCAGCCUGAUGCUGUACGGCACCCAGGCGGUGCCGGUGCGGCUCAAGAUCCUGCUGGACCGCCUCUUCUCCGUGCUCAAGCAGGAGGAGGUGCUGCACAUCCUGCACGGCCUCGGCUGGACCCUGCGAGACUACGUCAGGGGCUACAUACUACAGGACGCUGCAGGCAAGGUGUUGGACCGCUGGACCAUUAUGUCCCGGGAAGAGGAGAUCAUCACCCUGCAGCAGUUCUUGCGCUUUGGCGAGACCAAAUCCAUCGUUGAGCUGAUGGCCAUUCAGGAGAAGGAAGGUCAGGCAGUUACUGUUCCAUCCUCCAAGACCGACUCCGGGAUUAGGACAUUCAUUGAAAGCAACAAUCGGACACGCAGCCCGGGACUACUUACGCAUUUAGAAAAUAGCAGCCCAUCUAGCAUUCAUCACUUUGAGAAUAUCCCCAACAGCUUAGCCUUCCUUUUACCGUUCCAGUACAUCAACCCCGUGUCUGCCCCCAUGCUCGGUUUGCCCCCCAACGGGCUCCCAAUGGAACAAUCAGCUCUCCGACUACGGGAGCCCAGCUUGCCCAACCAAGUCGAACAAGUGGAGACCAGCGAGUCAGACGUGUCCAUGUCACCCUUCCGUACAGGCCAAAGUCCGAGCCGUGGAGCCCUGGGCGGCAUGAACACUGAACCCAAAACAGAGCCCGGCAACCGGGAAUCCCCUAUCUCGCCAUCUCCGUCCCUCCAGCAGGCUCAACAGCAGCAGAGUCAGCAACAACAGCAGCAGGGGCAACAGCAGUCCCAAAGCCAGCCUCAGCAGUCCAACAACCUGAGUGACCACCAGGUUCACCAUCACUUUGUCAAAGAGGAGCAAGCGAAAUCCAUAACGCAUGCUUCAUUUUCUUCCAAAAUGCACCGCAUGAGACGCAUGGGAUCCACCUCCCGCAAAGGCCGUGUGUGCUGCAACUCUUGCGGCAAGACAUUUUACGACAAAGGCACGCUGAAGAUCCACUACAAUGCUGUACACUUGAAGAUUAAACACCGCUGCACCAUCGAGGGCUGCAACAUGGUCUUCAGUUCCCUGCGCAGUCGCAACCGCCACAGCGCCAACCCCAACCCACGUCUGCACAUGCCCAUGUUGCGCAACAAUCGUGACAAAGACCUAAUUCGUGCCAAUUCCAACUCCGGUACGCCUGUCAUCUCGAGCACCAAAAACGGUGGCUUCACACUUACAAGUCCUGGCAGACCACCUCUAGGCUUCACCACUCCACCAGUGGACCCGAUGCUUCAAUCACCCCUGCAGAGCCCACUGGUGUUCCCCUCUUUAAAGUCAGUGCAACCAGUCCAACCUGUGCCCCCUUUCUACCGUACGUUACUCUCCCCUGCAGACCUUGUUAGUCCACCUGUUUCGCUGCCCACAAGCCCCAUUUUGCCCACCACCACCAACAGCACCACCUUAAUGGACCAGCAACAGCAGAUCCUGGCGGCUGUGGCGUCACACAACAAUGUGCACAUGUCCGAAGUUGGAGCCAUGUCGCAUAGCUUAAACACAUCUGCUGGCAAUCACGAGCCCAGCACCGGCGGCGGCGGGGCUGACCCCACACCCAAAAAGAAGCCUCGUAAAUCCAGCAUGCCUGUGAAGAUUGAAAAGGAAGUGAUUGAUGUGGCGGAUGAAUACGAGGACAAAGACGAGGAGGACGACGAUCGCAUCAACCACAAUCAUCACCACCAUCACCAUUCGUCGCUCCUUCACAACAACAUCAAGAUGAACGGUAACUACAAUAGCAACAACAACAGUGGGAGUGGCACCGGGAACCACAGCGGUGGGAGUGGGCAGCAAUCCCCUUCCCAGGAUGAGAUGAGUCCUGGUAUAUCUCUGAGAGGCAUGAUGAGGCAAAGUGAGGAUGAAUGUCGGGAGGGUGCCGGCAGCGAUGGCAGGGGUGAGCUUCGAGGUUCUAAUGACCUACGUUGCAUGGACAGCUACACCUCUGAGGACCAAGACCAUGAAAGAGACUUUGAGAACGAGUCUGAAACCUCAGAUUCGAAAAUGUACUACCGGGAUGAGAUGAUGGAUGUUGAGGAACAGCAGAAACACUCCAAAGGUGGUAAGGACCAGAAUGACGAGGGUGUCGAGGAAAGCCCUUUGAGAAAAGACUUAGAAGGCAAAGGCCAGCUAUCACCAUCCCCUCACCAGGCGUCCAUCAAGAUCAAGGAAGAACUCAACGACCCAACCUAUGACAUGUUCUGUAUGAGCCAGUACGGCCUCUACAACGGCGGUAUGGCCGCAGCCGCCGCCGCCGCCGCCAGUAUGGCUGCUCUGCAUGAGAGCUUCAUCUCGUCGAUGGGCUACGGCGCCAGCCCCCCCAAGUUCCCCACAUCUCAGUCGCCGGAUGGGGACCCAUGCUCCAGCCCUGACCCCAAGAUCUGCUACGUGUGCAAGAAGAGCUUCAAGAGCUCCUACAGCAUGAAACUGCACUACAAGAACGUGCACCUCAAAGAGAUGCAUGUGUGCACGGUGGCUGGUUGCAACGCUGCUUUCCCCUCACGGCGGAGUCGAGACAGGCACAGCUCGAACAUUAACCUGCACCGCAAACUGCUGACCAAAGAGCUGGACGACAUCGUCCUGGACCCCCAACUCACGCCACUGCCCAAGGACUUCCGAGCCGAGUUACUGGCAAAGAUCUACGCCAGGCACCACCACAUGGCUUUGGACCCGUUGGGCGGGAUGGCAUUCAGAGGCCUCGGACCCGCCGCCUUGAUCCAUGACGCGCAUUCCCCCAUGGGCAACGAGUUUUCUCAACAUCCUCUCCACCCUCACCUGAAGAACCACCACACCAACGGCCAGCCGGACGACUACGUGGUUCUGGACUUGAGCACCACAUCCAGCAUCCAGUCCAGCGGCAGCAUCCACUCCUCACGGGAGUCAGACGAGGGCAGCGACGAAGGCAUCCUGUUGGAUGACCUGGAGGAGGAAGAGGAGGAGGAGGAUGAGGAGGGAAUGGAGGACGAGGAGGAGGAAGGCAACAGCGAGGGGGAGGACGGCUCCCGGCGUCGUGACGACAGGAUGCGAGAAACUGGAGAAACGAGAGGCGGGCACGGCGAGCGCUUGGAAUCACCGUUCCACCUCUCGCCCACCGGGGGGGGCAACGACGGCGGCGGCGGGAUCCUGUGCAACAUCUGCCACAAAAUGUACAGCAACAAGGGGACCCUGCGCGUGCACUACAAGACUGUGCACCUGCGUGAAAUGCACAAGUGCAAAAUCCCGGGAUGCAACAUGGUGUUCAGUUCCGUGCGCAGCCGCAACAGACACUCGCAGAACCCCAACCUCCACAAGAACAUGCCCUUCUCCGCGCUAGCAGACUGAGCUUCCUCCUCACCCCGCCUCCUACCUUCUUCCAGCCUAUCCUCCUGUUUGUAUUCGGCCCCGCCUCCCCGCCCAUAGAAGUCCUUCCAUAAACUAAAUACGGCCGUAUGACUUAAGAACUUGUCUGUUUUCAUACACCCCCUCCUCUCCAAAGAAUCUAUUGAACCUCUUAUUUGUGACUUUGCCUGCAGACAAGAUAGUAUUGAGGAAUUAAAAAAAAACAUUCUUGUUGUAUUUGUGUAAUGAUAGCUUUUAAAUGAACCCCUUCACGGAGAGAAAAAAAAGCAUGACAGCUUCAUUUGUAAAUAAUGUCCCGAGAGGCUUUUGGUGUAAAAGACUUGUGUUGAUGGUCCGUUUGCUUAUUUUUUUUUUCCUUAUGGUUUUUAUGUUACAGUCCAGUACAAUACUUCCAAGCUAUAGGCAAGAAAGAGGUAGCAUCUUACUAGCUUGAGUCAUGUUAUCACAUUUUAAACUAGGCGGAAAAAAAAACAAAAAAAACAAAAUACAUGUGAAUUGCUUUGUUAGAUAUUCAGAGGUUGCCGGCAUGCUUUUUUUUAGGCUCCUACACUGAUAUCAUUCUGUGUUUUUUUAUUGAUUUUCUUUUAUGUUUUUUGCACUUUGCAUCUAUACAAAGGGGAUGUGUAAUAUUAGUGAGGACUUUUGCAAUGGUGAGUUGAGGUGUGUUGUUUGAUCAUGUAACUUCAACAUACUGGCGCCAGUUUUUCUUUUUCUUUUUAUGCAUGUGCCCAAAUCUUAAAAAAAAAAACAAAAACAACAACAAACAUGUCUAUACCUAACAAUGAAGCGUCACAUGGAUCGAUUUGGGUUGCCUCAAGGCUGAAUUAUGCUACAACAAAGUCGUUACUCCGAUCCAGUUAUACUGUAGAUGAGCGCUUCAUGUGCAAUUCCUCACCAAAACGCUAGGGGUAGUGUUUUCCUGAGUGUGAGCGACCACAACUCUCUUUUCUCUUUAGCAUCCGGCGUAGUUGUAAACAAUAGCGACUGAAGCAACAUCCGCAUAAAAGUAAUGCAUUGUAUAGUAGAUGUUCAUAUUUGCACAUUUUUUCGAUUAAUCACAGCUCUUAAGUUUUUUUUGUUUUUUUUUUGGAGGUGUAUGUCAAGCUCCACCAGAGGGGGCGCCGCUGACCCUAGCUUCAUAGCAUAAUUCAGGCUUCUGGCUGUGUUCACACUUGUGGUUCGGUGCUCUGAAAAAAAUAAUAACUAUUGUUAUUAUGCGCACUAUGGUGUGGUUAGCUUAGUGUUCAUGCUGGUAUUAUGAACAUAUGCAUAAAAUAAGGACCUAAUUGGGCAUCUUUCAUGACUUACUCAAAAUAUUCCAUUCAUUCAUGAUAUUUCCUAGCUUAGAUUUAGCAAAUAAAUAUUCCAAAAUGUACUUUUAAAGAGCAGCAAUGUCCCACAGACUGAGAAGAACAUCGCAUUUUUGCUUACAUAUUUGUCAUUCCUUUAGCACAGGGGUGGGCAAACUACAGCCCGGGGCCACAUGCGGUCCACCAAGCGUUUGAAUCCGGCCCACCAGUUGCUUUUUAAGUAUUUCAACUUUUAACAUAAACUGGCAACAUGACUUGCAAGUCGAAUGUCUUAUUUAGUAAAAAAAAAAAAAAAACAACAACAACAAAACUGUAAAAUUAAAUGACAUAGUUUGAUGUGGUCUGAUGUUUAAAGUGCACCUGAAAAAAGGGGACAUGAGAACAUAACACUUUUAUAGAUAAAAUUAGACAAAUAAUUCAAGGAAAAUUAUAAGCAUAAGACAGUGUGUGCGUUAAAUAUAUAUUCUGCCCCCCCGCCCCAGAAAAUUUUCUUGCAGGCCCAUGAGUCAAAAUAUUUGCCCACCCCUGCUUUAGCAUUUAGCAUUUUGCGUGUCGCGUAACUGAACCACAAACGUGUGAACGCACCUCACCAGCGUAUCCGUAAAAGAACUGGCACUUCUCCUAAAGUAGUCCCCCACCCUCCACUGUGACCAAGAUCAUUGUACUUAAAAAAAAUUCUAAUUAUUGAUAUGAUGCACUUGAGUCUUAAAAAUGCAAACUUUGCAAAUCUGUGAAAAAAAAACAAACCCGUCAAUGACAGUCUUAUGGUACAAUUAUUUCCAGUGGUCCAAGUAGCCAAGGGAGCAGGGUAUUUAUUGGUGGGUAGUGUUAAUUAAGUCCAGUAUUUUUACUUUUUUUUUUUUUGGUUGUUGGAAAAACAAGUUCUACUUAUCAGUGUAUGAGUGAUACUAUGUGUUACUAUGUGUAACUAUAAAACAUCUUUUUGUUUGUCUGACUUGACUGGUGCUACACACAGAAGGAAGAAUAUGCAGUGUUACAUGCCGAUACGUAUAUUAGUAUUUAGCACACCUGACACCCACUUGGUCCAUAUACUUAAGUCAUUUAAAUAGUAGGGUUGGACAUUUCAAUCAUUUUCUUUACAAAUUCCAAAUGUGACAUCGGGAAUGUUUUGAACUCAUGUUUCCAAACUGUGUCGAGAAAUGCUUUGGAAAACAUGCUAGCAUACGUUUAAUACAGAUAUUGUCAAAGUUUUGCAAUCAUUAGCCAAAUUGUUAAUGACUUACUGUAGUUACUAAGUCCCAGAGACGCCUCUAAAAAAAAGAUGUUGUGCUUAAUGGUGCCCCCGUUUUUCAAACAAUUUAACUGAAAUCUUGUAUACAUGUACCGUAUUUUCUGGAAUAUAAGUCACUCCCGAGUUGCACAAGGCCAAAAAUUCAUAAUUAGGUAGAAAAAAACAUACAUAAGUUGGAGUAUAAGUCACAUUUUUUGAGGGUAAUUUAUUUUAUGAACUAAAGGUAAAUUCUAACAAUAAAAGUAUAGAGAACAGAUAGGUGUAAAAUAUGCUAACAUAAUGGUAAUAAUAGAAAAGGUGUCCAGUGUUUAUGUAACAUAAACAGUUUUUCCAUUUAUAAGUCGCUCUGGAGUAUAAGUCGCAGGAACAGCCAACCUAUGAAAAAAAAGUGCGACUUAUAGUCCGGAAAAUACGGAACUUGUCAGUGCACUAAACCUGUGUGCCAAAUUUUGUGUUGAUUAGAGUAAACACCUCAAAGUUGCAGUGGGUGUUUUGGAGAGUGUGUCGGCUCAAUUCGGUUUAUGGAGGUCAGACUUUGGGGUUUAAUAACUGUGUCACCGUGUGGUGUAUUUGUACGAAGAAUAAUAGCACAGGUAAAACAGUAAGGGUGCAUGUUUUGACAAUUGUGAAAUAAUCUGCAUAUGUUAAAACCAGACACUGCUGUCCAUUUAGUGGUAAUAAUCUCGAUCUUAAUCUGGAUUCACGAUCCGGGCGGAAUUGUGCAGAAGAAUGUCAGUCAUUCUGUAACUGACUUGAUCUUUUCAUCACUGUAUGUUUUUUUUUUUUUUUUGCAUCACUGUCAAUGUAGCUCACGUGGGAUUAAACUGCUUGAUGGGUCGUCCGUAGAACACUAAAAAGUAGGUUUGUAUAGAUGCUUUUUUUUUUUUUUUUAACCCGUCUUAAUUUUGAACUGGAACCUGUGAAAUAUCACAACAGUCUUGAAAAAAAAUGAUUGAAAAUCUGUAAAUGAAUAUUUGCUGAUGUUUUGUGCCAAUCAUACUUUAGUAGCUAGUAAACUUGAGGACCUGCGUUUAAGUCUUAAAAGUAACACGGCUGCAAGAACAAAGUAUUAUGUGUACUUUUCUGAGGGGUUAAAAAUACAUGGUGAUUAAGAAGCCUCAUUAAUACUGCAAGUUACCUAAAAAGGUGUUGCCCAUUUGCAGACACGGAGGGUAAAAGUGGUCCUCUUUUGUUGGAAAAAAAAUUAUGAAAAUCCUUGUUUUUUUUCUCUGUAUCAUAUCUGUCCGUUUUUUGUUUUGUUUUUGCAUAAAAUGCAUAAGGGUUUUGGGAUGUAAAUGGAAUUUUAUUCAUAUUUUGUCCAAAUACCUCUUGUAAUUUGUAUCAGAAUUCUUGUACAAUUUUUAUAUUAAAGAUUUAUCAGUCACUGGCA